UUUUUUUUUUAACGGGAAUGUCCACCGCGCCGCUGCUGCUUGCGUUGUAGAGGAGAGUCCCCUUUAACAAACCUCCCCGCGUCACUGGGAUGCGGCUGCUGGCUCUCCGCUUCUCACCACCACCACCAGUCUGAGCCUAAUUAGGAAGAUGACAUCCCAGCCACAACAACGCUACCUGGUCUUGUUCGACUUUGACGAGACCAUCGUCAAUGAGAACAGCGACGACGCCGUCCUGCAGGCGCUGCCGGACCCGCACCUUCCUGAUUGGCUGAAAAACAGCUACCGCGAGGGCCACUACAACGAGCACAUGCAGCAGAUUUUGGCCUUCAUGUCCGAGCAGGGCGUCUCCCCCGACGCCAUUCAAUUGGCGGUGGAAAAGAUCCCUCCCACUCCUGGUCUCCUCAACCUGCUGCAGUUCCUGCAGAGCCACCAGCAGGAUUUUGAGCUGGCGGUGGUUUCGGACGCCAACAUGUACUUCAUCGAAACCUGGCUGAAGCAGGCGGGGGUGCGCCACCUCUUCAGGAAGAUCUUCACUAACCCGGCCAGCUUCGACGAUGACGGCCGCCUCGUGCUGCUGCCUUUCCACGCACACUCGUGCCCCCAUUGCCCUGACAACAUGUGCAAGCAGGUGAUCCUGAGAGAAUACCUGACUGUCCGUCAAAAGGAGCGCGGCGGCGCCUCCUUCCAACGCGUAUUUUACAUUGGAGACGGGGCCAAUGACAUAUGCCCCUUGCUAGUCCUGGGGCCCCGGGACACGGCCUUCCCUAGGAAGGACUUCCCCAUGCACAGGCUGCUGCUGGAGUCCCAGGGAAGCAAGUUUAAGACCAACAUGGUUCCCUGGAGCAGAGGCCAGGACGUAGUGGACUGUUUGAAGAAGAUCAUGGAAGAAAGAUGAUGACGGAGGAAAACAACAAUUGUAACAAAAAGGUGCUCACAUAAAGUAUGUCCAUUCUAAUCACUGAAACAUAUUAUAUUACUCUUUCACUGUUAUAAUUGCUAAUGCAAACUAGCAACCAUAUUUACUCUUCAUUAGGCAACAAAGAGAACUAGCUCCCAGAAUAUCGUUUUUUUUUUACGCAUUAAGUGCAGAAAAUCAAUUAUAAAAAUUAGUGUUUAACAGUUCAUUUGUUAGCUUGCAGGCUAAUUCCGAGUCAGACGACCUGAACAUACUGUUUUUCCCUCAUUGGAGGAAUGGUUUGAUCAAUAGUCACACCACGGGAAAACAAUAUUUCUUCAAAAAAUGACCGGGUCUCUCUGAGGUUGAGGGAAUAUCUUUUUAUUGCGACUCAGGCGACAAAAUAUAAAAUAUACAGUAUUUUUGCAAGCAGAAGUAAGAAUAUAUGAGCCUGGUCAAAUUAGCCUUUGUCUGUCCAUUCGUUUGCUAGCAAGCUAAUUCCUGGUUUACAGGCUAUGACCGGGCAGUUUAAUUUGUCUUUCUGGGCCAGCGUGGGAUGGAUUUUAUUGUGACUUGGGUGAUAUAUAUCCUCUAUUUUAACAGAACGAAAAAAAAUGUGAAUGAUUAAAUUAGUAUUUGUCUGUCCGUUUACUAGCUAACAUGCUACUUCUUGGUUUAUAGACAAUGACAAAACCUAUAAUUUUUCCUUCUAGUUGGAUUGGUUUUAUUGUGAUUUAGGCAACAAAAUAGAAAAUAUACAUUAUUUAUUUUAAAAUAACUAAAUAUCAAAUUGUGACUGAUCAAAUUAGUAUUUGUCCAUCCGUUUGCUAGCGAACAUGCUACUCCCAGGUUUACAGACAAUGACAAAACUUUAUUUGUCCAUCUGGGCUGGGGUGGGAUUGGUUUUAUUGUGAUUUAGGUGACAAAAUUGAAAAUAUACAGUAUUUAUUUUAACAUACUGUAACUAAAUGUCAUGUGUGCCUGAACAAAUUAGUAUUUGUCCAUUCGUUUGCUAGCUAACAUGCUACUUCCUGUGUUACAGACUGAUUGAUUGAUUGAAACUUUUAUUAGUAGAUUGCACAGUACAGUACAUAUUCAGUACAAUUGAACACUAAAUGGUAACACCCGAAUAAGUUUUUCAACUUGUUUAAGUCGGGAUCCACGUUAAUCAAUUCAUGGUAAACAUGGUAAGACAAUAAUAACACCUUAUAAUUAGCCUUUUUGGGGUGGGGACGAUUGUUUUUUAUUGUAAUUUAAUCAACAACAUAGAAAAUGUACAAUAUUUAUUUUAACAGAAGUAAAAAAACAAUCAAAUUACUAUUUGUCCGUUUGUUUGUUAGCUAACAUGCUACUUCCUGUAAGAUGCUAAGACCUUUCUAUCUGUCUUUCGAGAGUAUGGGCUAAUCAGUUCCAGCGUGACUUAGGCCACAAAAGAGAAAAGCUAUAUUCUAUUUUUUUCUAACGAAAGCAGAAUACAUCAUGACACAUCUAAUUAGCCUUUGUCCAUCCGCUUGUUAGCGAGCAGGCUACUUCCUUUAACAUACCGUUUUUGUUUCUGGAGCAGUUUUACAGUCACAAUCCACAAGCCAAGAAUAAUUAGCUGCCUCCUGGUUUGUGGAAAUUGACGUUAGAUGGACAAGAGCCCUACCAUUUUAUUUUUAUAUUCUUUAAACAAACGCGUAAAAAUAUUGUCCUUAUAUUUCUCAGCGAGCGUGCUACUUUGCGGAUCAUGAAAAAAUGAGGAACAAUCCUAGCAUGAACGAACCAGACCACAAAUCACAAAGCCACACCUACUGAUAAAAGCACCAAUAUGUAUUACUGUUGACACACAGGACAAGUGAUCGUUUAUGUGAUUGUCGUGUGAUCAAGCACCUCGUAGACAAUGUCUUUAUCUCAGCAAACGAUCACCAUUUAGUAUUGAAACAAAGGUGCUUUGUGAUCUGAGGACCAUUUAAACUCAGGUCCAACGACCCUAGGUCCCUCAUUCAAGUGCAGAUCAAAUGUUGCCCUUGAGUUCAGGUGACAGUCGCACUGAUACCUAAUCUAAAGGUAAUCGAGAACAAUACCAGUGUAAUCUACACCACCCACACACACACAUAAAGGGAACAUCAGUGUUUGCACUUUGGGCUCUGACUCAAACACGUGUGCGGUAUUGCUAUGAUUACUACCAGCAAUAUUUGUGUUUAAUGUAGUCUGCAAUAGCAAGUAUAGGACCGGGUGUCCCGAAUAAUUUUUUCCUCUAUUGUUGACGAUGUGUCCUAAUAAUGACAGAAUUAUGUUUUUUCACUGUUUAUUUGCUCUAGGAGUGAUAUGUGUAAUACAAUAAGAGCAACCUGUCAAUGUGCAAUAAUGACUGCAAUAUAAUGUACAAGAGUUUUAUGGAUAAAUAAGGGAAUAUAUUUUUCAUGACUUUUAUUUGCUCUGCUUGUUUGCUUUAAUGUGAGUGCAAUGUCACGGAAAUGUGCAACAAGGAAUAUAAAGCCAUCAUGUCACCA